AUGUGGGACGCAUGUCGGACCGCGCAGAAAUUGAAGAGCGAGGUCGCGCGAGACGUGAGAUCGAAUAUAAGUGCGCGCGUGUGGCGUGUGUGUGUACAUGUGCCAUCAUCACCGCCGUCCGCAGCAGUAACGGAAAAGAAAAGGGCUCGACCCGCAGUGGCCGGAACCACCGAAAAAUGGACGCGAUGCCGCAGCGAGUUAUCUCCGGUUUGCUUUUGUUCGCCCUCGCUACAUUACACCUCGGUUACGCUAGGAACGGACCCAAUUAUUAUGGUAAAUUAAUCGGACCCCUACAAGAAUACGCGCACGGCAUCAAAGGUAAAGUGUACGCGGUUGACGAUGCAACGAUAUUCAUAAAAGGAUUUUGCUAUGACGGCACCGGCCCAGAUGCUUACUUCUGGGUUGGCAACACCAGCCAACCCAAUCCCGACGGUUACAUUAUACCUUAUCCCGAGACUGAUAAGGGCAGCGACCCACGAGUAUUGGAGGCGUACAACUACACAGACAUUAUCCUCAGGCUACCCGGAGGAAAGCGCAUACGAGACAUUAAAUGGCUGAGCGUUUGGUGCAGAAGAUUUACAGUCGAUUUCGGUGAUGUUUUCAUACCACUUGACUUGAAGGUACCGAAAUUGCAAGUACUUCCUGAAUUUUCGAGAUUGGCGCACGGCCUCCGCAGCGGCAACAUCAGUAUUCUAGACAGCAAAACGAUCUACAUUCCAAAUUUGCAUUACGACGGUGGCGGACCGGACGCUUACUUCUGGGUAGGCAAUGGCUCCGAACCUAGCCAUUUUGGUAUCAAGGUUCCCAAUGAAAUGGGCAGUUUGGCACCAUUAAGAGGAUACCAAGGAGAGGACAUUGAGAUCGUCUUGCCAGGGAACUUGACGGUGUACGACAUCAACUGGCUCGCAGUAUGGUGCGUUGAAUACGCACACAAUUUCGGACAUGUUCUAAUUCCAAAGGACCUCGACGUACCUCCGGCGCUCGGCCAGACGAAAAUUACGCCGCCGUGGUGGUACAAUCCAACGAGCAGCACACCGACGCCUAAGCAGGUAACCAAUUGCAAGGAAAUGCUCGAUGGCCGUGUUCAAGUGCAAUGGCAGCUACAGGGCGAGGACGUGCGGAUAAAGAUUUCAGGACGCAUCAAGGAAGAUCAGUAUGUGGCGUUCGGGUUGUCGGGUCGGGAUGGCAAGGCCGAGAUGAUCGGCGGCGACGUCGUCGUGAUCGGAUACAAUAAUAAAACCGGCAAGUUCAUCGCCGAGGAUUACUACAUGACGGACAUAGCUCAGUGUGAUGGCAAGAGGGGCGUAUGCCCGGAUCAGAGGAUCGGUGGAAGGAACGAUGCGAUACUUGUGCACGGGGAAAGGAAGAAUGGCAUAACAACGGUUACAUACACACGUCCUCUAAGGACUAACGAGCCAGAGAAGGACAGGAUGAUUCCGGAAAGGGAAACGAGUGUGAUCGCCGCCAUUGGAUCUCUCAAUGCUCGGGGCGAAGCCAAUGCUCAUGAGAGAUUCGAUAAGACCACCGAGGAUAUUCGUAUCGAUUUUACGUCGAGGAAUGUUCACGAAUGUACAAAUUCCCUGUACAAUAUUCCGGAUGAGCCCGAUAUUGAACCCUGGCCGCCGGCUGUUAUCGACGAUAAGAAUAUUUUCCACGCAAAAAUUGGGCCGACUGGUGCUCAGAGAGGAUACUCACGAAUCACAGGUACACCCUCUUGGGGCAUCGCAUGGUAUAUCAACGAUUUGUUGAUUCCGGAGAUCACCGUCGAGCGAGGAGAAACUUAUACCUUCAUCGUGGAGGGUGGAAACGAUCCUGCCAAUCCCACUAAGUAUCAUCCGUUCUACAUAACCGACAGUCCGAUAGGUGGUAUCGGGCAAGAGCAAGAUAGAGAGAAACCACGAAGGGAAGAAAAGAUAUUUGCUGGCGCAGAGUACGAUUCCAAAGGAUAUCUUUACCCGACCGCAGCCGGUCGUUAUUGCGAAUGGGUCCGCACCACGGUGGAUGACGCGAAUAAUUACGAGACGUUUGAGAGCUUCUUCCAAACGCUUGAACUCAAAUGUGACAAAGGCGAGCCCGCCAAGCUCGAAUGGACUGUGAAAGAGGACACGCCGGACUUAGUCUACUAUCAGUGUUUCAGGCACGCUCAUCUGGGCUGGAAGAUCAACGUCGUCGACCCAGGACGAUUGCAGAGAAAUAUUAGCGGUGUCAGUCAAGUUUUGCCUACGUUUAUGACGUUCGUGGCGUCCAUCAUCGCACUCCUUUUAUUCUCGAGAUGAAUCAUUGCGUUUUCUCCUGUCAACGUGGAACAAAUAAUAGAAGACAAAGAUGAUGAUGAAUUCUGAUCGCUAUAAGAUGAUUACGAAAGCUACAACAAUGUACACACGAUUGUUAAAUCGACGAAACACAUACAAGGUUGUAAGAAAGUAUUUAGUACGUAAGAUCUACUCAUAAGGUAAAAGAUUAGCAAAAUAUUUUUAAGACCUAUCAGAUUCAAUAUUUCAUAUUAUAUACAUAUGAGAUAUAUAUUAUAUAUAAUAUAUACAUAUACAUAUACACACAGGUACACGCAUACAUAUAUACAUGUAUGAACAUGAACGCAAAAUUUCCAUACUCUUUGACAAUAUUAAAGUCGAGCUGACAAUAAUGAUUAGAAAUGAGUAACCAAAUUUUGACAAUAAUCGUGAUCAGGACUGAAUAACCGAUGAAAUUCUGACAAUAAUUAUAAUCAGAACUGAUUGUGAGUAAUUAAUGAAAUUUUUGACAAUAACGAACGAUUGUUCAUUAUUAGGGGAAGGAUCCAUCAAAAUGCGGGAACGAGCUGAUUAGCACGUAACUAUAGAUAUAAAUUUGAUGCGGAGGAAAAUGGAGGUGCAUCAGCAUGUACAAUGUAAAUUUUGCACAAAACUAUAGUAGAUCUUAAUGUAAUUUUAAAUCGACGCUAAUACGUAAGAAAUACAUUUAUAAAUGCUGUCGACUUGACAAUAAUACGUAGAUUAGUCAAUCGAGAGAAAGAAAGAGAGAGAGAGAGAGAGAGAGAGAAAAAGAGAAAGAGAAAGAGAGAAAGAUAAGAGAGAUAACGAAAUGCGAAUUAUGUACAAGAAAGUAAAGAAAAAGUAAUACUUAAGGGUGAUGUGCAAGUUACAAACUAUCCCCUAUACGUGUAACAAUGCUAUAAUAUGUAUAUACUAUAGAGUGGACCUUCCUAAAACGGAAUGAAAGUAUAAAAUGUGCCUUGGGUACAGAUAAUAAAUGUCUUUAAUUACAAGGAUUAGGACCCACUCGGCAAAAGGACACCGUCUAGUACUUUGGAACUGGUCUCUUGUGCGCGAAGCGUGUCGCAUGAGUAAAGCUACGGAUAUUUUAUAGAAAAAAAAUAUUAUAGAGAAGAAACUAUUUCAAAAACUAUUUCUUCAAUUAUUCAAAUACAAUUUUAAUUACGUUUACUAUAUGUUUCAUAUCGACGUAACUGUAAUUGUUAAGCAAUGUAUUCGUGUGUAUUUCGCGAAUACCAAGAAUAUAUCUCGCUCGCAAGUAUAUAAUAAAAGAAAGAAACAUAAAAUUAUUUAAAAAAAAAGAUAUCAAAAGACGGCCUGCGGCAGACAUUUCAUAUAAUAAAUAACAUAUCGCAAAACAUACAAGGGAUAUGUAAGACGUGCAACCAAGAGAAAUCAGCAGAAUACAUAAUCAACUUAGAGUAGUGAAUUUAGUGUAACGUCUCUCUUGUAAAAUGUCAAGAUUUUCCUUUGACUACUGUAUAAGUAUGGACUGAUAGUAAUUAACUUCAUACGUGGCGUGUCGCCAAGCUGGAAGAUGUAGACUCUACCCCUGUCAGUAAUUUUCUGCGGGGAGGGGAAAGGCUUCUGUGAAAUCAGCGUGUUUACGACGUGUAGGAAAGGUACUGAGUUCGUUUUUGAUUUCUUUCGAUUUGAGAUUUUUUCCGGCUCCCUAUCAAUUUUCAACAUAACAUUUGACACAUUUUGAUAUAUUUGACAUUUUUUUACUGACUGCGGCGAAGCCUAAAAAUCGAAGUUCGAUAACUCAAUCAACUUUAGCUCGGCGACACUGGGCAUAUGUCUUUUACAUAGUAAAAGUGGGGGGACUAGCUACCAAUUCAUAUUUAUAUAGUCAAAGAGUUUUUCAAUGUGUGUCCAGCUCCUAAGUGCCGGGGUGUCCACGAAAUUCACAGCAGCAAAUUCUUUGCGAUUUAACCGCUUAACGCACGAAGACCAGUCUGUAUUUAAUUAUAUGCGUAUAUGCAUAACACAAGUGUCAUACAUAUACCGAACAGAAAAAACUCUCUGAAAACUUACAAUAUUUAACUUUAAAAGCGAGGCGUUAAAAAGAGAAAGGAGAAGCAUUAAAUAUAGGGAUGCUAAUUACCGUGUAAGUAAAUAAAUGACAAUAAGAAUCGUUUGAUCGGUUUGUGUCACUGAAUUUUCGAUAUGACAAUACUUAAGAGCAAUUCCGAGAUUAAUAACGAGAUCUUUUUGCUCGAGACGUAGGCUAUGUCGCUAUAUUUUUCAUCUGUUUAUUCUUUUUUUCUUUUUCUAAGGAAAACCGUUUGAAAGUAACAGAUUCUAGUUUGUAAGCGGAUAAAACUCCUACUUCUGUGAAUGACAAUAAUAAAUUAUCAACUUGCUGGAUCUACAAUAGAAGCGGGCUGCUCCCGGAAAAGGCCGCUUUUCCAUUUUUAGAUCACAAUUAUAAUCGAAACUCGCAAAUUUACAAUAACGAAUUACAUGUGUACGAAUCAAUCAUUCGCCCAUAUUAAAUGUACGAGACAAAUUAUAAGCUGUGUAUUAUUCUGCAAUAAAAUAUAAGUCGUAAGUCGCGUAGGUAAAGUGUUCCAUUCAUGAUGUAUAUGUACAGAUGAUGCAGAUAUAUAGACAAUAACGUAUAGAUAAAUAUAUCGUUCGUAGUGUGAGUACAAAUAAAAUUUCAUUAUAAUUUCAAUUAAUUAACGAAGUUAAAUUGAACAUGUAAAUAAGUUUGUCUUAGUUCAAGUCGUUGAAGUUUAAGUAAUUGAAGGAUUUGUUACAACAGUGGACUAAUUCAUUCACUGUUUUGUAAUAAUGGAGAAAAUAAACUGUAAAGUUAAAGUGAUGAACUUUAAUGUUCAUUUUCUUCAUUUUUAUAAAAUAUUAUAAAAUGUAGUUAGCCUACUGUUGCAGCAAACCCUCCAAUUUAUUAUCUUCUCUGUCGUGCGUUUGUGCAUGUUUCUCGAAAUCGUUAUUUGCCGAAAUUAAUUAAUUUCGCGAAAUUACGUAAAGUGAAAAGAAAUACUUGUAUAUGUUUUUGCAUUAAUCAAUAAUUUCUGUGACACAUUUCCGCGAGCCGAGCUUCAAGUUGCUCGCGUUUACUUACUUUAUGUUACGUUUUUUAAGUUUGGUCGGCGCAUAUUUCUAUUUUUCCAGGAGCAGCCUGACGACGUCCCAAGUUGUUAGUUCAUAAGAGACAAAUAAUAGCUUAGGUCCUAAGGGAACUUUUCGGCUAAUAUUACUGUACAUUAAUACGUAUGAAAAAAGAGGAUAAAUGAAAAACGUAUUUGUGGAAAAAAAUGCCUCCGGAGACUAAAUUCAAAAUAUUAGUCGUCCGGCACAACAUGCGAGCGGCUACCGUCAAUGUUGUACAGUUUCAAACGUGAUUUCGAAUUGUUAGUGGUACUUAGCGUGUAAUAUAUUUACAACUCUAGAUCUAUCUUUGAAUUAAUAUUAUUAAAACGGUCUACUUGUAAGCUUCCAUCCAUGCACGGUUAUUAUGUAAGACACGUGGAGCGACAGAGAUAUAGAAUGCGGUAAGAUAGAAUGAAACUCUUAUCGCGUUACCGUGUACGAAUGCAAUUUUCCAUAAGCAGCGGAUUCCGCGAUGAGAAGUAGCUAUAUCACAUUAACGAUAGGUUUUACAAGAAUUUUGGAAUAACGUCUUAGCGCAUCUUCCGUUGCGUUUUAAUUGCAAUAUGCCUUUAUAGAUUUUAUACGUUUUUCGAAGUCUGUAUUUACGCGUGAAAUCUGUGUUACAAACAGUGUCACUAUUUAACUCUCUAAAAAUGCUCUGUAUAAUUAUUUUAUAAUACUUAUUAUAUAAAAGCGUUGAUAUAGUUCCGAUUAGCAAUUACCAAGAAGUUUUUGCAAUACUUUAUCUCUAUACAUCAUAUAUAUUUUACCGUAAAUUUUAGAAAAGAAAAGUUCUGAUUAAUGUAAACUAAUUGCAAGUAUUAGUAUUGUUGCUUUUACUUUAUAUUUUCAUCGCCAUUCAUUGUAUAUACUCGUUACUUUAGUUUUUAAUGUAACGCAAAAAUAACACGAUAUUGCAAAAGCUUCUCUUUCUUAUUCUCGUUAUAUUUCUUUUUUAUUCGCGCGAAUUAUUGUAUAUGUUUUUUCAAAACUGUACAACUAGCUUUGUAUGCCCAGACUAAUAUUUCGGACAAUAUACUGUAAAAACAAUCGUUUAAAU